GCCGGGCUGUCGAGAAAGCCGGGAUCGGCCUCAACCUGAGCCAGCACGUGACGUGGAAGCUGUGGAAAAGUCGGUCCCUGGUGAUGCGGCCGGGCGGCGAAGCCCUGCUGCACUGGUGGGACGAGAACGGGUGCUACGCCGGAGAGGAGGAAUUCCGGGCGGACCGCAAGACGCACCCCAGGGAGGUGGUCUCCUUGGACACCGCAGUGACGUAUCUGCUCGAGAAAGAGCACGCCGCACGCGUGUACGCGAAGCUGGAAGAGGUGUACGCGGCUCUGCAGAAGGAGGCAGUCGACCGGGAAGACGGGCUUGCGCCGUUCGUAACCGAACUCUUGGAGGACUUGAGCCGCGGCGUCCCGCAAGAAAAAAUUGCAGCGGAGGGCGGUUUGCACUUCGCAACGGUGCCACGGUAUUCCGAGAUUGGUGAUGAUGUUCGACGCCCACGAGAACAAAAGCUAGGGGACGAUGAUCAUCAUAAAGUUGCGACAGAACUACGGGUUAGUACCCUUCUAGAUGCUGCAGAUGGUCGUCAACAGCAUGCAGGAGAUGAAGCUCUAGAUAUUGAACAAGCUUCUUCGUCGUCCAGCACAUUUGGUCGUGCCAACGGGGGGCGCACUAGCACCAGCCGCGGUACCGUGAGUCUGUCCCUCGACCUGGGUGGUUCGGGCUUGAAAGCUAUGUUUGUUCGUGUAUCCACCAAGAGAACUACUAGUACCGAGGAACCACGAGAACCGAGGACCGAGGAGCCGUCCUCUGUUAUUAGACAAGGAGAGCCCGGCGUUUUUACCACAGUCAUGCAGCUGGACCCCGAACUGAAGCCAAAGUUUGAAUUUCCCGAGCUGCGUUUGAGUUUGACCCCGAGCGAGCACCGACUGGGUUACGUGACGGACAUCCGCGGCGAGCCGCCCACCGAGUGGUUCAUGCGUCGGCUACGGCAGGAGUACGGUGCAGCGAUUUAUAGUACCUUUCCACCAGGCCCAAGCCGCAGAACUACUGCAGGGCCGCCGCGCCAGGAGCUGCCCACAACCGGCAUGAGUUCCGCGCCACCAGGAUCUCCACUACGGCCGGAUGGCACGGCCCUCUUGCGUUUUGGUCUUGCUCCCGCCGACGUCGUUCCUGUGGACCUCGCCAACCUGACUUCUAGUGCGAUCCACAUCAGCGCCAGCUCCGGAGACAGCUACAAGCUACUUGGCCCCACCGAACAAAAAGCAUCAAAACGCCUGAUGGAAGCGGUUUUGAUGGGUAGUGGUUCUUCAUCAGGAGGAGCUGGACAACAAGAACAUUUUUAUCGAGAGCGCAAGAAGAGUCGAGCGUGUCCUGGGAAGCGGGAAGUUGAAAUCCAACUAAGUGAAAGCGAUAAAGCGGUCUGGGGACAGUACUGCCACUCGUUUGUAAUCUGCGAGGAGGAAAGGCGCAAUAAGACGGGCGCAACGUCGGCGACCAGCUCUCGGCAGCAACUAUACGCGGAGGAGUUCUCGCAGCAUCGAAGUGGUGGAGGUGCUCCGCCCCACAAGGACGAGCUGCAGCUUCUACACGGGCGCUGCCACGAGUGGAAAACCCUGAGCCAGUAUCAAAUGCAAGAAUGUCUGGGUCUGGAAACUUGUGAUGCUGGAUGGCGUCUCAUGAUGAGGCCACAAAUGCUGGCUCAGCAUGACAAGUUUCUGAGCUCCUAGGUGUUGCCUAUUCUGCAUGACAAACUGCCCUUCUGCAUCACAGAAAAGCGGAGCUCUUGGGUAACGUGCAUGACAGAUUUAAGAGUCAUGCCAGACAAGCAUGACAAACAUGAAUUCUUCCAGACCCAGACAUUUUUACAUUUGAUAGCCAGAUUUUCACGGGGGUCCGGGUGUCGGCUCGCACCGAUUCCGAGGUUCACCAGACCGCGGCUGGGACCUUGCUACGCGAUCUGGAGGAAAUGAGGCACCCUAGCAGCCGUCCGGACUGGAGAAGCAUCGACAUAUGAAAACAGACAACGAAACUCCCCUCUGACCUCGAAAUUCGAUCAUGAAAUAUGUGUGUAGAAGGAUUACGCACUGAUCAAGACAUUAAGCAUGAAUCAGCUUUUUACUAGCAUUUCGCUUGCUUGUCGUGUAAACAAGCCUGAGAAGAAGCAUGAACCGGGAAUACAGAAGAUCGGUGCAACACGUUGGAGUGCUACCGUUGACGGAGGAAAAGAAAUGCUGCCUUGUAUCUAUACUUGUAGUAGCGAUGUUGAAGCGCCGCAGGAGUAGUUAUAGUCCCUGCGUUGUUCUUGAACUUGUGUCUGUGCUGUCAUGUUGUUGAUCAAAAUCUGCCUGAGCCUGCAGAUGAGGCGGAGGUGGAACAACGCUUCCAUUUGAUACGAUGUGUCGAACUACGUGAAUGUGGCUGCGGGAACCCAUCUGGCGGUGACGUUUGUGAGCGCGGGUGCGGACGGGAAGCCGGCUCCGAUGGGUUACCUGGACAUGGUCAAGGGGCUCGUGCACAAGAAAGCGCGCGGCCUGCAUCAGAAAUACUUGUCCGACCUGCUGGUGCCGCUGCCGGCCCGUAUUAUGAACGAAAACUCGAAGAAACAGGUGUACCGGCUGGAGGGCAUGCGGUGGCUGAACGACCCCAGUAUUGACUACUCGAAGCCGUUGUCGGCAGCCGCGAAGUAUGCAUUGCAAAUAUGUCUCCUGGGUCUGGAAACCUGUGAUGCUGGUUUGCGAAUCAUAAAAGCAGCCUCCAAUAUGGGGACGCGCAUGACAAGUUUCUAAGCGACUAGGUCUUGCGUCAAAUGCAUGAGAAACUGCGUUUUUGCAUUACAAAAAAAUAGACUGGUGGCGCAACAUGCAUGACAAAUCCUCCUCUCCUGUCAGCAGAGCAUUACAAGUCUGGUAAUCUUCUUCCAGACCCACACAUUUUUGCAGUGGAUACGUUGCGGCAACUAGAUGAGAACGAGGACCAACGCGCGUUUUUGCCGGCCGGCGUGCUACUCGGCGGCCACGGGCAGGCGGACAACCAAAUUGAACCGUACGUGAGCGCCUUCGCGUGGACCAAGUUCUUGCGCGAGCAGUUGGCCCCAUUGGCAAAGCAGUGGUUCAACAUCGAGCACCAGUCGACAUCUUCUGCUGCUCGGAAGGAGGGCACGAAAGGACAAGAAGAGGAAACAUUGUCAGGCAUCACGGGAAGGAGCAGCGGUACGAGACGGUCGGCGGAGAAUGAAGCCGAGGGAGAGGACCCGCGGGACGGGAGCACUAGUCAUCCACAGAAGCGGUGGGUGCAGCCGGAUGAACAAGAGCAAGUCCUUGGCACGUCACACCCCGAGAAUAUUACUAGCACGCAGGGACAAGAAGAAGAAGUGCGGAGAACAGCAAGAGCAUCUUCAAAGAGCCCCUUAAUACCCCUCGUGCUAACUGGUGGACAGGCCAGUGCGAUUUUGCGCGCGGCGGGACCGUAUCAAAUGCAAAAAUGUCUGGGUCUGGAAGAUUCUGAGACUUGUCAUGCACGUUUUGCAUGGGCCAUGAUGCCUGUGAUGCAUACCCUAGCAAUACAGAUUUUCUGAGGGCUUCUUGAUGCCUAUUCCGCAUGACAAAUGCCUUCUCAGCGUAGCAAAAACUGCAUUGCCUUUGGUACUCAUGCUAUACAGAUUUUUUUGGAAUCCAAAUGCAGCAUCACAAGUUCGGACUCUUCCAGACCCAGACAUAUUUGCAUUGCAUAGACCGAAAUCGAACCAUGGCGAUGAGACGCUCCGGUAUUUGCGAGAAAAGUUCGGGAUUGUGGUCUUGGCGGGCUACGAUUCCUACGUCCACUGCGGCACCAAGCAGAUGGAGAACUGGACGUCGCGGUCGCCAGGUAGUUUACAACAACAGCACGACGGCUUAUUUCAAAACAAUACCGCCCUCGCAGUAGAAACUACGAAGCGGUCCUGUCGUGGGUUCGCACCGGAGGAAAUCCGGCGACGCGCCGAGCAGUACAUGCAUAGUAAGGGGGAAGAGCAGGAUGAUGAGUCUCCGGGAAGAUCACCGCGGAAGAACAAGACGACGACAAGGAACAACGGCCCGGCAGCUCUUUAUAAUUCUUCCGGAAGACCAAUGAGCAGGAGAAGUAGUAACACGCUUUCCCUUGAUGUUUCGGGCCAUGAUGGAAAUACUAGAUCCGAACCAGAUGUUGAACAAGAAGCAAAAAUUACAAGUAGCCCUCGUCCAGAAGAUGAAGAUGUCGUGUCCAACAUCUCGAGCAUUGACUCAACAUCAUUUUCACCCUUUUAUUCGCCGCCGUCACGUCGACCCCGCGAUGCGAUUCUAACUGUGCACGACGAGAACACCGGAUACAAUAGCGAAAGGCGAGUCACAGUUGUAAACGAGACCGCUUCAUCGACUGGUCCUAGAAGUACUUGUUUAGAACAGCCUUGCGGUCAUGGAAAUAACAGCGAAAGUCGCCGCCCCGCCGCGGAUCUGCCCCAGUAUGGCGCAGAUGGAGCGCUUGCACUCGGCAGCGAUUAGGAUGAGGAAUGACUGAACAUCUACUUCCCAAAUUCAAAUGAUGGAGAGGGCUGCAGCUCUCUACACGCUGCAGUUCUUUGAUUUAUUCUUUAUUGUGAUUCGCGAAUUUUUUGUUGAUUUGAAAGCAUAAGCACCCGUGGGCUUGGGAGCUCAUCUGCAAAUUAUCCGCUCCCUCGCUUCCUCAUACUUUUUUCAAACCGCAAGGAAAUGGGGUGACAUCUUGUCAAAUGGAGUUUGCGUGCGCGUAUGAGCUCUUGAUUUUGUCAACGGUUUUCGAUUUCUGAUUUGUACAGAGUGGCUGCCUGGAUGCUUUGUUGUGUACCGUAGAUUUUUGCGAGUAGCGCAUAGCUUCCAGAGUCAGCUGCUUUUCAUGGACAAAGAAAUAUUUGCUCAAAUGCAUCUAUGGAUACAUGUACUUACUUGGGACCCACGUGAAACUACACUCGGUCUCGAUGUAAGUACAAAGAUCAUGAUAAUACGAACUAGCAUGUAGGACCGUAGGCAUUUUACGCCUAGCCAGCCGUCAGGACCGUAGCAUUUUACGCCGACUGCUUUUACGCCAACGCCCGUGCGAUCAUCGCGAACGGGUAUGAUUCUCAACAGCACGACACAAGGUCAUGCGAAGCAAAAACAUACUCAUUUCGCAGAGCCUUUCUCAAGCGGCGCAUUUGUCAAAGCAAAGGAUAUGCAAUCUGUUUUUUCAUCUACAAGUUAAAGAGAAUAAGAAACACAACUCAACAAAGCUAUUACUUACUUCACGAGAUAAUUUGUGGCCCAGAUGUUGCAUCUGAUGAUCUCAUUUUUUUUUUUUGCACUACGGAACGAACUGAUAAUGCAUCAUGGUGACUGCUAGCUGUAGGGUUUUACGCCAGCAGGCACCAGCACGUUUUUUUUUCUUUAUCCAGUUUCUAGCUGUAGUUUUUUUUUGUAAAAUGUAUGGGAAUCAUGCUAGACCGACGGAUCAAGACCACAAGGCAUAGGCAGGAAGAUAAAUUUAUGAACUCUAGCAUAAUUAUGCGCAAAACUACUGUUUCCGAAUUCAAACAUGCUUGCGGCAUGAUUUUGAUUUCUCACAGAAGACGUAAUUGAUGACUUCGCUUUCUCUUCACAGAAUAGAUGACGUUUCACAGCGGGAUCGAGAACAACAUGGUGCCGUUUUUUGAGAAUGGAAGAACGCCA